UCUCCCCCCCCCCAGAGUCGAGCACCUUGAUGGCGUCCAGAUAAAGAGAGGAAGCCGUCGCCAAGAUGAACACGCUGCCGUCGAUGGACCGGCACAUUCAGCAGACCAACGACAGGCUGCUGUGCAUCAAACAGCACUUACAGAACCCGGCUAACUUCCACACGGCCGCCACAGAGCUCCUGGAUUGGUGUGGGGACCCCAGAGCUUUCCAGAGACCCUUUGAGCAGAGCCUCAUGGGAUGCCUGACGGUGGUGAGCCGUGUUGCAGCCCAGCAGGGCUAUGACCUGGACCUGGGCUACAGGCUCCUGGCUGUGUGUGCUGCCAACAGGGACAAGUUCACCCCCAAGUCUGCAGAAACCAGCACCUGCAGGAGAUGUCAGACUGACUCAGCCCUGCUGUCGUCGUGGUGUGAGGAGCUGGGCCGUCUUCUUCUGCUGCGUCACCAGAAGAACAGACAGAACGAACCGCAGGGCAAAGUCCCCAUGCAGCCCAGCAUGAACAGCAUGAAACCAGGCCUCACGCACAGCGAUGGUUCCUUUCCCUACGACUCGGUUCCCUGGCAACAGAACACCAACCAGCCCCCUGGGUCGUUGUCCGUGGUUACGACAGUGUGGGGUGUGACUAACACGUCACAGAGUCAGGUACUAGGCAACCCUAUGGCAAACAGCAACAACCCAAUGAACCCUGGAGCGAACCCCAUGGGCUCGGGUAUGUCGGGCAGCGGAGGGGGGCUCAGCUCCCCCCAGUUCAGCGGGCAGCAGCAGCAGUUCCCCUCCAAGGGGGGCUCCAGUCAGGCCUACAUGCAGCAGGGCAUGUAUGGCAGACCUGGCUACCCUGGAGGAGGGGGCUACAGCGGCAGUUACUCUGGGGGUCCCAACGCCCCUCCAGGAGGGAUGGGUAUGCCCCCCCACAGCCGCACCCCUGCUGACUUCACCCAACCAGCAGCGGCUGCCGCCGCUGCCGCCGUUGCCGCCGCCGCCGCCACGGCUACAGCCACGGCAACCGCCACCGUGGCAGCCAUGCAAGAGACCCAGAACAAGGACAUGAACCAAUAUGGACAGAUGUGUUCGUCGUUCCAGAUGGGGCCAGCCCAGGCUUACAACAGCCAGUUUAUGAACCAGCCGGGACCAAGAGGCCCCCCUGGGGGAAUGAACCCAGCCAGCAUGGGCUCUCCCAUGAACAACCCCAACAUGAGUGGGCCUCCCAUGGGCAUGAACCAAACUCGAGCCCCGGGCAUGGGGCAUUUCAGCAGCCACGGGCAAAGGAUGCCCCCGCAAGGCUAUCCCAGUGGGCCCAGACAGGGCAUACCUAUGCAAGGCAUGAAGAGGCCCUACCCUGGAGAGCCAAACUAUGGGGGUCAGCAGUACGGGCCCAACGGUCAGUUCCCUCCACAGCAAGGGCCCUACCCCUCAUCCAACCCCCCCAGACCGAUGUCCUCACCAAACUACCCCGGGCAGAGGAUGCCAGGGCAGCAGGUCCAAGGGCAGUAUGGUCCUGGCAUGACCAUGGGUCAAUACUAUAAGCAGGAGCAGUUUAAUGGCCAGAACACCAACUUCUCUGGUGCUGGAUACUCCUACAACCAAGGCAAUGGGCCCCCCAGGCCUGGGACCUACCCCCACUCUCCCGUCCCGGGGAACCCUACACCACCCAUGACCCCAGGAAGUGGCAUCCCUCCAUACCUGUCCCCCAACCAGGACGUCAAACCCCCGUUUCCUCCAGACAUGAAACCAAAUAUGGCUGCACUGCCCCCUCCUCCACCAAAUGUGAAAAGGAAAGUUGACGUCCUCUCUUGCUCUCCGCUCCCAGCCAACCCAAACGAGGAGCUGCGGCUGACCUUCCCUGUCCGCGACGGAGUGGUGUUGGAGCCCUUCCGUCUGGAGCACAACCUGGCCGUCAGCAACCACGUCUUCCACCUGCGUCCGUCCGUUCACCAGACUCUCAUGUGGAGGUCAGACUUGGAACUACAGUUCAAGUGUUACCACCAUGAGGACAGGCAGAUGAACACUAACUGGCCAGCCUCCGUCCAGGUCAGCGUCAAUGCCACGCCCCUAACCAUCGAGAGAGGAGACAACAAGACUUCCCAUAAACCCUUGCACCUGAAGCAUGUCUGUCAACCUGGUAGAAACACCAUCCAGAUCACCGUCACUGCCUGCUGCUGCUCCCACCUGUUCGUGCUGCAACUGGUCCACAGGCCGUCCGUCCGGUCGGUCCUCCAGGGCCUGCUGAAGAAGAGGCUCCUGCCUGCGGAGCACUGCAUCACCAAGAUCAAGAGGAACUUCAGCAGCGUAGUGGCCUCGUCGGGGAACACCACUCUGAACGGGGAGGACGGCGUGGAGCAGACCGCCAUCAAAGUCUCGCUCAAGUGUCCAAUCACCUUCAGACGCAUCCAACUGCCGGCCAGAGGCCACGACUGUAAACACGUCCAGUGCUUCGACCUGGAGUCCUACCUGCAGCUUAACUGUGAGAGGGGGACCUGGAGGUGUCCUGUAUGCAAUAAAACGGCGUUGUUAGAGGGGCUGGAGGUGGACCAGUACAUGUGGGGCAUCCUCAACGCAAUCCAGAAGUACGUUUCUAUGCUAAACCCUCAUUCAGAGUUUGAGGAAGUCACCAUCGACCCCACGUGUAGUUGGCGUCCUGUCCCCAUCAAGUCGGACGUCCACAUCAAGGAGGACCCCGACGGACCGCUGGCCAAGCGCUUCAAGACCAUGAGCCCCAGUCAGAUGACCAUGCCCAACGUCAUGGAGAUGAUAGCCCAGCUGGGCCCUGGCCCCGCCCCCUACCCACCACACCCUGCUCAGCUCGGCGGGGGCAACGGGGGAGAGUACCCAGGUCCAGGCAAUAGUUACCAUGGCCACGGGAAUUUUGACUUCCCCCACUGUAACCCCUCGGGUGGGGCUGGGGGUGGAGGAGGCGGAGGUGGAGCCCCCCCCAUGAAUGACUUCAUGCAUGGACCCCAGCUGUCCCACCCUCCAGAUGGCCCCGGGGGCCUCAUGUCCCAGGACAAGACCCUGAACCACGGCAUGCCUGACUCGAUGUGUCAUCCUGAUCAGUCCCAUAGUUCCAUGCAGCAGAGCUUGCACGCCCCCUCCCACCCCGGCAACCAAUCAGCGCAGUCCUUACAUCACAGUGGCCAGUCAGGGCAUUCGCUUCAUCACAGUGGCCACUCAUCACAGCCCUCUCGCCAGGCCCCGCCUCAGCCUCAACAGCAGCCCAGCCAGAACAGCCACCCUCACGGCGAUCUGAACUUUAACCCCUCCUCAGGGGUGGACGGGCAGAUGGGUGGGCAGGGACCUCAAGACAUGCCCGAGCCCUCGCUGGAUCUGCUCCCAGAGCUGGCCAACCCAGACGAGCUCCUGUCGUACCUGGACCCUCCCGACCUGCCCACCAACAGCAACGACGACCUCCUUUCCCUGUUUGAGAACAAUUAAGCCUUCCCCCCUCCGCGAGCCUGCACUGUGUGUUGGACUGUCUUGGCUGUAGACAUUCUCGAGACUUCUGACAAGCGGUACACACACAGACACACAAUAUCUGUCAAGAGACAACAAGUGGCAUAGGAAUGAGGGUGGCCGUCAGUUGACGAGGGCGCCACCCUGGGUCUCACGGUGAGGGUAGCAACAGACUCCUGUCGUUCCCUCCCUCCUCAUGUACAGAUUCUCGGCCUCAGAUCCAAAGCUUCUGAUUCUCAACACACCAUCGACGGCCAUGUUGGCUGGCACUAACGUGACGUGACACCGGUGACUGUUCCAAUAAGAAACUGUGCAGCUAUAAUCAGUUUGUGCGUGUCACACAAUUGACCCUGUGUGGGUUGUACAUAGCAUUUUUACGUUUAUCCUUUGCUUUUCUUACUUUGGAGGACAAGAAGACGUGUAACUGUGUUGUUUCGCUUCCUUGCUCUUGUUUCGGUCCCUCUUUGAAGUGUGUUCUUCUAACAACUGAGACCAUGGACUUUGAUCCCCAACCUCACACUGUGUGUUUCCAGAAGGAUAUAGGUCUCCACCCAGCCUGUUAUAGCCCUCCACCCCCUGACCUGAAGCGUAACACAGAGCCUCAACACAUCCCCAGCCCUGCCUUCAGCCCUGCCCUCAGCCCUGCCCUCAGCCCUGCCCUCAGCCCUGCCCUCAGCCCUGCCCUCAGCCCUGCCCUCAGCCCUGCCCUCAACCCUGCCCUCAACCCUGCCCUCAGCCCUGCCCUCAGCCCUGCCCUCAGCCCUGCCCUCAGCCCUGCCCUCAGCCCUGCCCUCAACCCUGCCCUCAGCCCUGCCCUCAGCCCUGCCCUCAGCCCUCCCCAGUCUCCUGAGGAGCCAGCCCCUUGCCCCCUCUCCUCUGGACACUCCCAACGGUACAAAUGGUACAAAAUGUGUUUGCAGCUGUGUGUGUGUGUGUUUGAGAGAGAGAGCGAGAGAGCGAGCUGAGAUGGAAGGAGUUGAAAACAAGUGUAUUUGGGAAUGUGAGAGCAACAGGGAAAUAUUACAAUAUCCGUCCUCAUCUGGUUUUGUUAAUAGGAUGCUGUUCUGUUCGUUCUCUUUUCAUUUUUCUUGCUGACCUGGUUGUCUCCUGUAACAUGUCAACAUUGGCUCCUUAAGAAUCCUCAAACCAUUUUCAAAAGUGCAUGUGUGCCAAUGUGGCUUCUAUUCCCAUGAUCUCGCAAGUCUAGGCUAAACUGUCUUGAGCAGGUUUGAUUUUGUUUUACCUUUACUUUUUUGUUUUGUUUUUACCACUUUAUUUAUGUUUCAAGUCAUGUUUGUAUAAUUGAGAAUGGCCAAAUUAUGACCCACUUGACGUUCAUUACCAAAGUUGUCCCUGGGGCGUUGGCCUAAACAUCUUGUUUGUGUCAGAAACUAUGUUAUGCUAUAAGCAUGAGCUAUAAGCCAAGCAGAUAUAAAAUCAUUCUGUAAAUUCUAAACAAGUGUGUAAUUGUACUAAAUGAUCUCUCUUAUUACUGUUGUUGUGAUCUCUCUUGUUACUGUAAGAACUACAUCUGGUCAUGUUUUUGAAUGGAAGAGCGUCAUGCAUGAUGAUGUUAUGGAGAGCCAUUGUACAUAACCCUUGUGAAAAGUUUCAAGUGGCUGUGUCAUUAGUUGAAUUAUCAAGUAUACGAUAGCGUAUGUCUUUAUCAGUGUCAACACACACACACACACAAACACAGGGAAAACAGCCCUCUUAUUGUAUUAUUCUCUCAUUGUCAGUCAAGACAAUAAUUCCUUCACAGGGCUUUGCAUUUGGCACCAGGAUAUUGUUGAUUUUUUAAAGAUUUAAGUGAACAAUGACAAGACAUACUGUAUGGGCUAAUCUGAUUUAAAUACAAAUAUAUAAUUUUUUACAAUUGUUUUUUUUAUAUCCUAAAAAUCCCUCCAAUUUAGCUGAUAUACUGUACAGUACUGCUGUAGAGUAUAUCAGAAUAUUGCAUGAAUUAGGAUCUCUACCAUUUGUUUGGCUAAGAUAUCUGACGAAGCUGGGAAAAGUUCUAUCAUCUGGAUACAAGGACAUCUGUAUUGUGAUAUCAAUGGCCUAUUAUGAACUUUUAUGAACGUCCUAUUUAAAUGUCACUUUUUAAAGUAUUGUCUUCAGGUUUCAGUUAUUCUUGUUUACCUACCUUACAUUGAUUUUAUAACAAGGAUCACUAUUUCGUUUACAUGAUGACGAUGCCGUACAAGAAAUUAUAUAUAUGAGUUGAAUUUUUAAAUCUCCAUCAAGAACUGAUAUUGUGAGAUGUAAUCAGCCGAGUACGCUACUCCACUAUUGAGCUGUUGAGUUAACUGUUUGUUUGUUGAAGACGAUGCACUGCCACAGUGAGGUAUUUUCCUUCCCUGCUCUGAAUACAAUGUUGUUAGAUACAGUAUGCUUCAAGAUCUGUCUAUACUCUAUCUGGGCUUCAAACCCAGAUCCUAAAAUGCAAGGAAAUUGAAUUUUUAUGAAAACUACAGUUCUAUCUGUGAGGCUCUCUGUCCCCCUCUGUUCUGUUAUUGAAGAAAAAGACGGGGGUGGGGUGUGCAAGGGACGCAUGUACAUAUGUAAAUUACAAAUAGAGACACGUUAACAGAAAUGUAUUCAUUUUUCUCCGGGGGGAAUGUGAAUUGUGUAUUUAGAAUUUGUAAAGCUUGCAUCCUCCUGUCAAAUAGAGACUUUAAAAUGGGGAAAAUGAGUCCACGUUAGAUGGCGUCUGUGCAGACCUCUCCAACCACGCCUGUUCAUUACUGUAAGAUACUGUACUUUACCAACCCCCCACAUGGGGUUGGAAGAAAAAAAAGACAAUUUUGUUUUCCUUUGUGUAAUACUAAACUUCUGUGUAUUUCCUGUGUACUUUAUAAAGGUGCUACAACAAAAUAAAUUAUAUAAAAACCCUUUUAAGGGUAUAAUUGGGUCUUUGGGGACGUGGAAUCUUGAGUGGUUCCUUAAGGUUGUUUCCAAAUUUACAGUUUGUAUAAUGUUGGCAAAUUUACAGUUUUUAUGCAAUUAGGCAAAUAUAUUAUAUAAAGGUACAAUCUGAAGUGAUUGGCACAACAGGUGGCAGUUGUCUUUUUGUUUUUGUACAUUCUAUGUGCAAUCAUUUCAUAUUCUAAACUGGUAAGAAAAAAACAUUGUGAUUUUUAGUCUUGCAAAUCUGUAUGUAGUUAGAUGACGUGACAUCCUAAUAUUUAUCUAAUAAAUAUGUAUUCAGAUGAAA